GUAAAACGACACAGUUCAAUAUCAAUACUGCACAUUUGCGCCGUCUAAAGGAGAAAAGUUAUAGUACAUCAUGUUACCGUGACAACGACAGGACAAACGGAAGUUGAGCGCAUGUUCGACCAAACUUCCGACGGACAGUUGGCUGUCCUGUAUUCAUGACUGAAAAAUGCCCAAAUUUCGUGAACGUCCAGCCCAAGCAUACUGUCAUCUUGCAAAUCAUAUACCUCCUGUCCUCAGCAGUCUGAUAGCUAACAGAUACAUCAUCCAGCAAAUACUCGGGAAGGGAAGUUUCGGUACUGUCUACCUUGUUGAAGACACAAAGGCUGCAGCAGCAGAUAGACUGAAAGUGCUGAAGGAGAUUCCAGUUGGAGGUUUAAAACCCAAUGAGACGGUCCAGGCGACUCAAGAAGCUCAGCUUCUCUCUCAGCUGAACCAUCCUGCCAUCCUCAAGUUCUACAGCAGCUUCCUGGAGAGAGACUCCUUCUGCAUCAUCACAGAGUAUUGUGAGGACAAAGAUUUGGACUGUAAAUUGGAAGAGCUGAAACACACAGGCAGAACAUUAUCAGAGCCUCAGGUCUGUGAAUGGCUUUGCCAGCUACUGUUGGGAGUACAUUACAUACAUCAGAGGAGAAUACUUCACAGAGAUCUGAAGGCCAAAAAUAUAUUUUUAAGGAAGAACAUUGUUAAGAUUGGUGACUUUGGUGUGUCCUGCCUGUUGAUGGGGUCAUGUGACCUGGCCACUACCUUCACUGGUACACCAUACUACAUGAGCCCUGAAGCCCUUAGCCACAAAGGUUAUGACUCCAAAUCAGACAUCUGGUCUUUAGGCUGCAUCCUCUAUGAGAUGUGCUGUUUGGCUCAUGCCUUUGAAGGGCAGAACUUCUUGGCUGUGGUGCUGAAGAUCGUGGAAGGCCCCUCUCCAUCCCUGCCAGAAACAUAUUCACGACAGCUCGACUCCCUAAUGCAGAGUAUGUUAGAAAAAGAUUCUUCUCAAAGGAUCUCGGCAGCAGAAGCUCUGAGGAGCAGGUUCAUAGAGGAGAGCCUGCAGAGCAUGAAACAUAAAUUUUCUAGCCUGACACUGCAAAACAAGUCAAUGGGGGGAGAGAGAGAUGCAUCGCAGAUCUUGAGAGCACUGCAGAAGAAGGUACAUCUGCAAACACUGCGGGAGAGAUCAGAGGUGCAGAAAAUGAGCCCGAGAGAACGCAUGAGACUCCGGAAACUCCAAGCUGCAGAUGAGAAAGCAAGAAAGCUGAAGCAAAUUGUGGAGGAAAAAUAUCAAGAAAACCAUCUUCGCAUGCAAGAGUAUAAGUCUAAAAAUUUCCAGAAAGUUAGUGUGGAUGUUUUAAAGGUGAGAACUGAGGACACAGUUAACCAGACUCAACGAAUUCAGAGCGAGUCACCAAAUGGAAACUAUGAAUCAAUGGGAAACAUUUCUGAAUUAUCUGAAAAGAAGUGUAUGACUGCAAUCCCAGAGGAUCCUCAGGCAGCGGAGGCAUUUUACUGUGUGGAUGAAUUUGAGUCAUGCUCGGAGGAAGAUUCAGAUGGAGAAGAAUGCUCAGAGGGUGAUCUCCCCACAGAAAUGUCCUGUCAGACAUGUGGACAGGAUAGCGACCUAGAGGCCAUGAUCAGACACAUGGAGAAUGUUCUGGAUGGUGACUCAGAUGGAGCUAAAGCAGAGGAAGUGAAAGCUCAGCUGGGUUCUCUGGGUGUGAGCAGCAUCAAUAGCACCCUGGCUGAGGGCAGAAUCCAACGUAUGAGAGAGUUGGUGUGUCGGAGGCUAGGAGAGGAGGUGUUCCUGAAGGUCUAUGACUACCUGAAGCAGGCUAGAAAGAUACAGGAUAGCGAGGAGAACAUCAGACAGGCUCUGAGCAGGAUGGUGGAGAAGCCCAGUGAUUGCUUUGAAGUAGAUCAACUGCUUUAUUAUGAAGAGCUCUUACAGGUUGCACAGGAAAAUGCUGUAAGAUAACAAUGAACAAACACCCAUGCGCUCUCUCUCUCACACACACACACACACACACACAAUAUAUAUCCAGGACAAUAUACAGUAGAUACAUUUAGUAAUAAAUGUACAUUGAAGAUCUGCCUAUAGCUUACGUAAUGGCAAUCCACAACGCAUUGAAAUGCUUUGUAUUUGUGAUGUUUGAUAGAUUUAUGUCAUAUUGGAAGAUAAGCAUUAUACAGUUCCAUGCCUCUAAUAAUUUAUCUCAUUCACAUAAUAAUAUACACUUAAUAAAAUCAUCUCAGGAUUAAUAUUUAAAUAUUCUGUGUGGUUAAACAAUUAUUUGAUCUGAAGGCAUCGUUCUAGGGAUGGGAAUAAUAAGGAAGCAAGUCUUUUAGUACUUUGGGAAAUAAUGAAUACAAUGAAUACUGGAUUUCCUGUCCUUAGUAGCCUGUUAGAAAAUUAUGAGAAGAAUUUAUGUUUACACGCAGACUAAUUAAGAUAUUUUAGUCUCUUUUUUUUUAUGCAUCGGCAGAAUAGUACACAACGAAAGUAAUGAACAACUUUCAGUUACUGUAUUUAAAAAAGUAACGAAGCAGAUUCUGAAUAAGAACCGGUUCUCUGUUCUGAAUUCUACUCUGGCUUUAGCAGAACCCAUAAUAUUAUACUGUAUAUGGAUGUUUUUUAAAAAGAAUUUAACAUAUUUGAAAUGAAAAUGAAUGUUUGAAAUGCACAGUUAAUGAAACCGCAAAAUGCUGCAUUUUGAUUGAAUAAAUAAUUAAUCUAUAAAUAAAUAUAAUCUGCACGUGCUGCGUGCUUCAAAAUGAAUGUGUGAAACUGGCCGCUCAUGCACUAAAAGCACCUCAUCAUGGUCAUCACAUGCGCUCGUGUGUUUUUAGUAGAUGACCGAGAGCAGAGCGCUCUGAAGCAUGCAGCACAUACAGAAAUAAUAUUUAUUUAAUUAAAUCGCAGCUUUUUGGAAUUUAAUAACACUGGGCUAUUUAGCGAACUGCUUAUCAGGAGGUGAAAAACAACCAUUUAAACACACAGAAGCACAAAAACAUAAAAGCUUGAUUUAAAUGGAUGUGUGAAAUGGCAAAAAACUUUUGUAUAGUAAUGUAAUGUUUACUGUAAUUAAAUAAGUCAAUGUCUCACAUCUGAGAUGUUCUGUUGUGCAGCACUUCAUUUAACAAAAUAUCUCCAGUGUUUCGUAUUGCAAUAAUGCAAUGUUAUGUUGACAAAUUAAAAUAAUCAAAAUAAUUCUGUUUUCAUUUGAUUAAAGUUUUAACUAAUUCUUUUAAUUUUACACCAUUUUUAUAAUAACGUUUUAUUAAAGUGUCA